AUGCAGGGCAAAUACGGCGAAGCCGGUUCAAUAGUUCUUCGAUGUGUUGAGAUUUAUGAAGAGAUGCUUAGCCUUGACCACCAACUUGUUGCCCAAGUCUACACCACCCGGGCGACAUUGUUGUCGGCUCAGGCACAGGGGAGGCAUUCUGAUGCGGAGCCGCUCUAUGAGCGGUCACAGGCCAUCUUUGAGAAGGUGCUUGGUCCAGAGCAUCGUGAUGUGGCCCAGUCGCUCAAUAAUCGGGCGGAGUUAUUGGGGAAGCAGGGGCAGUACGCGGAGGCAGAGUCGCUCUAUGAGCGGUGUCAGGCGAUCAAGGAGAAGGAUCUGGGCCCUGAGCACCCAAGUUCAGCCAUAGCGCUUAGCACCAGGGCGGCGUUAUUGAUCAAGCAGGGCCAGUUCGGCGAGGCCGAGCCCCUGUACAAGCGGGCCACCGGGAUCUUGGAGAAAGCGUUGGGUCAUGAGCACCCAGAUGUAGGCGCAGCGCUCCACAACUGGGCGUUGUUGCUGAACAGCCAGGCGCAGGGGAGGUAUGCUGAGGCCGAGUCGCUCUAUGAGCGUUCACAGGCCGUACGGGAGAAGGUGCUUGGUCCAGAGCAUCCUGAUGUGGCCCAGUCGCUCAAUAACCGGGCAGCGUUGUUGGAGAGUCAGGGCAAGUACGCCGAAGCCGAGCCACUCUAUGAACGAUCGCAAACCAUACGAGAGAAGGUGUUACGUCCGGACCACCCUUCUGUGGCCCUGACGCUCAACAACCGGGGGAAGUUGUUGCAGGCGCAGGGUAUGUUCGGCGAGGCCGAGCUUCUGUACAGGCGGGCCACCGAGAUUUGGGAGAAAGCGUUGGGUCAUGAGCACCCGAAUGUGGCGACAGCGCUCAGCAACCGGGCGUCGGUGUUGCAGAGUCAUCGCUCAACAACCGGGCGCUGUUGUUGCACGAACAGCGCUCAACAACCGGGCGGACUUGUUGAAGGAUCAGCAGAGCUUUAGCGCCAGCAGAGCAGAGCGCAGAGCCCGCAGGGGGCCGGAGGGGGCGCCGCAAAAAAAAACACUCCCCCCUCGGCGUACAACUAAAAAUAAUGCACUAUGGGAGGGGGGGGGGUAGGGGGAGAGGGGGAAAGAGCGAGAGAGCUGUGGGGUUUGUUUCUUAUUCGACACACUCCCCCGUAACCCCUCGUUUCUUAUGUAGUAGGGCAGCGGUCGCUGCUGUGUUUCUUAUUGAGAUAUUUCUUAAUUGUGUGACUCAGAUUGAGCAAUGUUUCUUAACCCUAUUUUCUUAUUUUUCGUGAAAAAGUGAGCCUCAAUUUCUUAACAAAAUAUUUCUUAAUGGCGGGCGCCAAUUGUA